GAUAGAUACCUGCCCUCCUUCAUCUCCAACUCAACUAUCCCCCCAGUCAACCAACCAGAGCACGAUCCCCGUGCACAUCACCAUCCACCAUGAGCAAAUACGUCCGCCAACAAAAAUCCCUCCCCAAACACCCCAAAACCCCCUCCUCCGCCGACUCCCCCUUCGCACCCACCCCCAUCCCCGUGGCCCCCCGCCAACGCCCCGGCUGGUCCGGCCCCGGCUACACCAAGAAGGGCGGGAAACACAUUCCGCGGCCUCCGCCGGCACCGAAGCCCGUCGUGAUACCCCCAGGAGACGAGCACCAAGCGCUCGGGCAGCCGGAUCAGCAGCUCCUGCUUGAUGCGGUCAGGAAGGCGUUUCCGCGGUGCGAGGACUAUGAGGCGCUGAAGGUAGUGCUGGCGGGUGUGGAGGAGAAGGUGAGGGAGGGGGAUUGGAACGCGGCGUUUGGGAGUGCGGAGGCGAGAGAGGCGUGGGUUGUUAAAUGGGGGGCGGAGAGGGCGGUUUGGUUUGCGAAUUUGUUGGUGAGGGUUGUGGAGACGCUUGAUGAUGACCCUUUAUUUGCGAUGCUACGGGGUAGGACGGAGGAUGAGGAGGAGGACGAUGAGGAGGAAGAGAAGGAGGAGGAAAAGAAGGAGGAAAAGAAGGAGGAAAGGGAGGAGGAAAAGAAGGAGGAAAAGGAGGAGGAAAAGAAGGAGGAGAAUGACGACGACGAAGAUGAGGAGGAAAAGAAGGAGGAGAAUGAUGACGACGAAGACGAGGAGGAAGUGCUGCGAGUUGUCAGUUUUGGCGGCGGCCCAGCAGAGGUCCUGGCACUGGGCGCAGUAAUCCGACAUCUCCGCCCCGACGCAUACGGCAAAUCGAAAGCAGACCUCGAAUCCUCAGACUCCGACUCCAAUGCAGGCCAAAUCAUUGAUCUCAACCUAACUAACACCGUGAACUGGACGCCCGAGAUCUCCACCUCCCACGAAGCGCUCUUAUCCCCUCCUACGCUCUCAAAAUACGCCUCCGCAUCCGCGAUCGCUAACAGCUCGCCAUUCUUGGCGAAAUCGGCGUUGGAGCUGGAGAUGAAGAAGUUUAGCGCUUUAGAGGCGAGCCAGGAGGAGGUGGAAGACCUCGUGGGCGAGGAGGCCGCGCUGAUUACGCUGUUCUACACCGUCGCUGAUCUGGCUGCGACGAGCGUGGCGAAGACGGUGGCGCUGCUGCUGAAGCUGACGAUUGCGGCGCCGAAGGGGAGUCUGGUGGUUGUGUUUGAUCAUGCGGAGGAGGAGGGGAAGAAGGGGUAUCCGCUGAGAUAUUUGUUGGAUAUGGCGUUUUUGGGGAAGAAGCCGUUGGGAGAGGAUGAGGAGGAGGGGGUCAGGCCGGCGUGGAAGAUGUUGUUGGCGGAUGAGGAGAGGGUGGUUAAGGCGUGUGAUGGGGUGAGGUAUGCGUUGGCGUUGGAGACGGCGAAGGCACAGGUUUAUGUGUUUAGGCGGCUGUAGGAUAUCUGGGGGAUAUGAGAGAAGAAGUGAUAUAUGCAGUUACUGGGUGCUUGAGAAAGGAAAGU